GUGGCUGUAGUAUAGCGGUUAGUAUCCCACGUUGUGGCCGUGGGGACCUGGGCUCGAAUCCCAGCAGCCACACUUAUAUUUACCUCUUCUUUUUAUUUCCAGCAGGGGUAUUUUCGACAUUACAUUAAUCACGUGAUCAUUAAUUAGAUCUGGACCGUCCAUUUCACUCCCCCGCCAUUUCUCACUAAUAUAAUUUUCCCGCCUAAUCUCAUCGUCAUCUACAACCCUUUUACCGCCCAAUUUCGCAGUCACUGGUUCAUUCCUUCCUCUUCCUCUUCGAGUCUCCCUCUCUCUCUCUCUCUCUAAACCCAAAUUUUAAACCAUGAAAGACUAUGAUUUCGACGGCGACAAAGUGCUUGCCAAGGAAUUUCUUGAGAAUUUCGCCGACGCUAAUGGCAGAUCUAAGUACAUGGAGAUUCUCCAAGAGGUUUCAAAUCGUAAGAUUCGAGCUAUUCAGGUCGAUCUUGAUGACUUAUUCAAUUAUAAGGGUGAUAUUGAGGACUUUCUCGGACGGUUGACUGAAAACACUCGCCGAUAUGUUUCCAUUUUCUCCGCUGCUGUUGACGAGCUGCUACCCGAACCAACAGAAGCAUUUCCAGAUGAUGAUCAUGAUAUUCUCAUGACUCAGAGAGCAGAGGAUGGGACUGAUAAUGCAGAUGUUUCUGAUCCGCAUCAGCAGAUUCCUUCUGAGAUUAAAAGAUUUUAUGAGGUUUAUUUUAAAGCUGCUUCAAAGGGAAGGCCAUCUACCAUCAGGGAGGUUAAGGCUUCACACAUUGGGCAACUUGUUAGGAUAUCUGGUAUUGUGACCCGUUGUUCCGAUGUCAAGCCAUUGAUGGCGGUUGCUGUUUACACAUGCGAAGAAUGUGGUCAUGAAAUUUACCAGGAAGUUACAUCUAGAGUCUUCAUGCCUUUGUUUAAGUGCCCCUCCAGCCGUUGUCGUCUUAACAGUAAAGCCGGGAAUCCUAUUCUUCAGCUCAGAGCUUCAAAGUUUCUUAAGUUUCAGGAGGCCAAGAUGCAAGAGUUGGCUGAACAUGUUCCCAAAGGGCAUAUUCCGAGGUCAAUGACUGUUCAUCUAAGAGGAGAGUUGACAAGAAAGGUAUCACCAGGUGACGUUGUUGAAUUCUCAGGGAUUUUUCUUCCCAUUCCUUACACUGGGUUUAAGGCACUUCGAGCUGGCUUAGUAGCAGACACCUAUCUGGAAGCAACGUCUGUUACUCAUUUCAAGAAGAAAUAUGAGGAAUAUGAGUUUCAGAAAGAUGAGGAAGAACAGAUUGCACGUUUGGCUGAGGAUGGUGACAUUUACAAUAAGCUGUCGCGAUCCCUGGCCCCUGAGAUUUAUGGACAUGAAGACAUUAAGAAAGCUUUGCUUCUCCUUCUUGUGGGUGCUCCUCACAGGCAAUUAAAGGAUGGGAUGAAGAUUAGAGGAGAUGUGCAUAUAUGUCUGAUGGGUGAUCCUGGAGUUGCCAAAAGUCAACUUCUCAAGCACAUUAUAAAUGUUGCUCCAAGGGGAGUCUACACAACCGGCAAAGGUAGCAGUGGAGUUGGUCUAACUGCCGCUGUUAUGAGAGAUCAAGUAACAAAUGAGAUGGUUUUAGAAGGAGGAGCACUGGUGCUUGCUGACAUGGGAAUCUGUGCAAUUGAUGAGUUUGAUAAGAUGGAUGAAUCAGAUCGUACUGCAAUUCAUGAAGUAAUGGAGCAGCAAACUGUAAGCAUUGCAAAAGCUGGGAUUACCACGUCUUUGAACGCUCGAACAGCUGUUCUUGCCGCAGCCAAUCCAGCCUGGGGAAGAUAUGAUUUGCGAAGAACUCCUGCUGAAAACAUAAAUCUUCCACCAGCCCUUCUUUCAAGAUUCGAUCUGCUGUGGUUGAUCUUAGAUCGAGCUGACAUGGACAGUGACCUUGAAUUGGCAAAGCAUGUGCUUCACGUACAUCAGACAGAAGAAUCUCCUGCGCUUGGUUUCGAGCCGCUGGAACCCAAUAUUCUCCGUGCAUACAUUUCAGCUGCGAGGAGACUAUCACCAUAUGUUCCAGCAGAGUUGGAGGAAUAUAUAGCAACAGCUUAUUCCAGCAUCAGGCAAGAAGAAGCGAAAUCAAAUACUCCUCAUUCUUACACAACAGUGAGGACACUGCUCAGCAUUCUGCGCAUAUCCGCUGCAUUAGCAAGGUUGAGAUUCUCAGAAUCAGUGGCACAGAGUGAUGUGGAUGAGGCGCUUAGACUAAUGCAGAUGUCGAAAAUAUCGUUGUAUGCGGAUGACCGACAGAAAGCAGGACUGGAUGCAAUAUCAGACACAUACUCAAUCAUAAGAGACGAAGCUGCGAGAUCAAACAAGACCCAUGUGAGCUACGCAAAUGCUCUGAACUGGAUCUCCAGAAAGGGAUACAGUGAGGCUCAGCUAAAGGAGUGUUUGGAGGAAUAUGCAGCUUUGAAUGUUUGGCAGAUCGAUCCUAACACCUUUGACAUCCGUUUUAUCUAAAUUCCCUCUCUUUUUUACCAAACAAAAUCAGUAAAACCACCAAAAAAGAAAAGGAAACCAAGUACGUCUUGUUAUGUUAUGUGCUUUCUCUGUUAUCUUAUUAGGUUUCUUAACUUGAAGGCAGUAUAAGUGGAUUUUGUAGAAGUUAUCUUUUAGCUGUUUAAGGAUUGCAAAACAAAAUUUUCUUUUGUAUAAUUUUUGGAUAUUCAGAGGUGACUUGGUCUAUGUGAUUGUUACUUGAGGUGAUACA